AUCGAAGUCCUUACAACUUCCUGAUGAAGAUUGACUGCUUCAAAAAAUACAAAAAUCAUCGCUUUCAACAAUCACAUGCCCUCCAUGUAUAAAAAUCCCCACUCACAUUACACCCCUUCUCCUCUCCCAAGUUCCAAAGCUCCACCACCACCACCACCACCACCACCGAUUUACCGCCAUGACUUCCGCCUCCACCACCACUACCACAAUCAAUCCCCCACCAUGUGUUCCCCACCUUAUCGAGUCAUGCUAGCCACCAGCACCUGGCUCCGAACCCGACGGAGCCGUUGCGUCUUCCUCCUCCUCUUCUCACCGAUCCUCCUUCCAUUCCUCUGUGUCACCUUGCCUCUACUAUGUGCCUCCGAGCUAUGCAUCCGCCUCUGCCGCCGUGGCCGGGGCAAGAACAAAGAGGACGGAGGCGAUCGGUUGCGGCGGUGUGAAGAGGGGUUUUGUGACUGUGAUUGUGAAGAGGAAGAGGGUAAAGAAGUUGGGUUAUUGCAAAGGUAUUUAGAAGAUCAGCUACGGCUCGUUGGAUCUGUGUAUGAGUGUGGUGAUGAAUUUGAUGAUCAUGACGAUGAUCAAGAUGGUCAAAAUGACCAUGAAUAUAAUCUUAAUACUCCUCUUUUGGGUUAGUUUUUUUAUAGAUUUUAUUUUUUUGUGGGGUUUGAUGUAAAUUACAUUUUGGAUUUGAUGUUGUUGAUUAUGGUUUGAGUGAUUUUGUUAAUCAUAGGAUUUGGUAAUGUAAUUUCAAUUUGUGAGACUUCAAGUAAUUAUACUUCCAAGUAAGAAAACAUCACUUUGCUCGUUA